AUGGCUGAUCAUAUUCCACGAAUGGAUUGGGGUGCACCAAACCUUGCUGAAGCUUUUCGUAUGUUCAGACAAAGAUUGAGCCUAUACUUUUUGGCUAAGCACACACCUAAAGAGGAUGAAGUUCCUAUCAUUCUACUUGCUGCGGGUGAAGAGGGCCUUCAGCGAUACAAUUGUUGGACAUUAUCGGAGUCUGAACAAACAGCAAAGAUCAUCCUAGACCGUUUUGAGGAGCAACUAGAACCUCAAGACAAUUUUCGAGUAUGUCGGCUGAAGUUGUCAAGAACAAUGCAGAGGCCAGAUGAAAAGUUGGACGAUUUCAUAAACAGAUGUCGACAGAUAGCUCGUAAAUGCGAAUUUGAUCACAAGGAGCUAGAUGAGCGAAUCCUUGAACAGAUUAUUGUAAGCACACCCAUCGCAGAUUUCCGGAAGGACCUACUUACUACGAAGAAGGACUUUACACUACAGGGUGCUCUACAGCUGGGAAGGACAUAUGAAGCAUCAGAGUCACAUGUCCAAACCCUCCAGUCUCUGUAUCAUCCAACACAGAGCAUAGAUGCAGUGCAACAGCAGAAACAACCUAAGAGUUUAUGUAAGAACUGUGGGAGACAACAUAGAUUCGGCAAGGAGUAUUGUCCAGCAGCGAGUGUUACAUGUUUCUCGUGCAAUAAGCAAGGACAUUAUGCUCAAUUGUGCUUAUCGACCAAGCUCAAACAACCACAGAAAUAUCAUAAGUCUUAUGCUUCUUCCCGGAAGAAGAGGGGGGUGGAUGAACGCCAACACCCAUCACGACGUUCCAAACAGGUGGAUAACGUGCGAGAGGAACACACCGAAUCUGAAAGUGAACUGGGUACAUUACCACAACGAUUUGACAGUUUUCAUUUUGACACGAUUAUCAUUGACUCUGUGAAGAGGAAUGAAGCUAUUGCACACUUGGACAUCAAAUUGGACGACAAACCAGGUGUCCAUGACCUGAAAGUAAAGGUGGAUACAGGAGCAGAAGCGAAUACACUGCCACUUCGAACUUUCAGAAACAUGUAUCCAGAGCAGCUUGAUCGUCAAGGUUUUCCACGAAAUCUACCAGAUGCAGGCACAAUCCUUUCAGCUUACAAUGAAACGCUGAUUGGUCAGUAUGGAACAGUUGUUAUUUCCUGCAAGUAUGGAGACACAGCAUGGACUGAUACCUUAUUUUACGUAGUUCAGUCCAACGGCCCAGUGAUACUUGGUCUCCAGUCAUCUGUAGAGUUUGGACUUGUUACUCUCCAUUGCUCUUUGAACAUUGCAACACAAGUCAGUGGUGUCCAGGCUCUAGUACAACUCUUUCCACAGCAGUUCGAUAGGAUUGGAGAAUUUCGUACCACACAUCACUUGACAGUUGACCCCAACGUUCCAAGUCAUGUCGACGCUCCUAGAAAGAUGCCUAUUGCCUUGAAAGACAAAGUCAAGGCAGAACUGGACAGUAUGGAGAGCCAGGGUGUGAUCAAGCAAAUCAUUGAACCAACCGAAUGGGUGAACUCAAUCACAUAUGUCACCAAGAAGGAUGGAAGCAUUCGCAUUUGCUUAGACCCUCGCAGAUUGAACAAGGCACUUAUCAGACCUCACUACAAACAGCAGACCUUGGAGGAGUUGAAUCACAAGUUUCACAACAUGCAGCACUUCUCCAAGUUAGAUGCAAAGUGCGGCUACUGGUCAGUUAAGUUAGAUGAGGCCAGCCAAAGACUUACCACAUUCCAGACACCUUUUGGAAGAUAUGUCUUCUGUCGCCUACCAUUUGGACUCAGUGUAAGUCAGGACAUUUUCCAGUUGGAGAUGGACAGAGUUCUAGAAGGCUGUACAGGGGCAGAAUGCAUAGCAGAUGAUAUUGUAAUCUUUGGGCGUACAGUAGAAGAGCAUGACCGCAACCUUCUCAACUUCAUGCAAGUAGCAGCAAAGAGAGGCCUCACACUGAACUCAAACAAGUGCCAUAUCAGGCAAACGAGUAUCAACUUCUUUGGUAAUCGAUACUCAAAGGAUGGUAUCCAGCCAGAUCCCCAGAAGGUAGCUGACCUCGCAGGAAUGCCGACUCCGAGCACCAAGGCUGAGUUGCAGCAUUUCCUAGGUUUCAUUACUUACCUGUCUCACUUCAUCCCAGAUUUCAGCACAAAGACUGCAGUUCUGAGAGAUCUCCUUAAGAAAGAGGCUGAUUUCAUCUGGGAACCACAUCAUCAAGCAGCCAUGGAGAAACUCAAGCAAGAAGUUUCAGAGAAGUCACUACUCCAGUUCUUCGACACAACAUCCCCAGUGUAUUUGCAGUGCGAUGCAAGUCUUCAAGGGUUAGGAGUUGCACUCCUACAGCAUGACCAGGAAGGUAGACUCCGCCCAGUAGCUUACGCAAGCAAAGCCCUAUCUUCAACUGAAACACGCUAUUCGUGUAUUGAACGAGAGCUGCUUGCUAUUGUGUUCGGAGUAGAACGUUUUCACACAUAUCUCUAUGGCAGGCUAUUCCAUGUGAUCACAGACCAUAAGCCACUUCUGAUGAUUAUGGACAAACCUCUCACAGCAGCCCCUCCAAGGCUACAAAGGAUGUUGAUUCGACUACAGGGAUACAACUUCCAGAUCACACACCGUCCAGGACUAGACAACCUGCUCGCAGACAGUCUCUCACGAUUACCAAGCACUCACAACAAUGAAACAGUUGAACUUGAUCUGAGAGUAGAUCUGGUGCAGUUCUCGUCAAGGAAAGUAGAUGAACUGAAACACACUACAAGCCAAGACAAAGUCCUAAGUGCACUGAUGGAAGUUAUUGUGACGGGCUGGCCUGAUACGGUGAAGCAAGUGCAACCAGAGUUGAGAAAGUUCUGGAGUUACCGAGAUGAGUUAACAGUAAGCGACGGUAUAAUUCUCAAGGGAAACAGAGUGGUCAUUCCCAAGCAGAUGCAACCAGACAUCUUGGAAAAGCUCCAUACCAGUCACCUAGGCCAACAAAAAACCAAGUUGCUGGCCAGAGGAAAGGUGUUCUGGAGUAACAUGAACAAAGACAUUGACAGAGUGGUGCAGUCAUGUGUGAGAUGCCAGGAACAUCAACCAGCGCAAACGCCAGAACCACUCCAGCCACACGACAUUCCCACAAUGCCCUGGAGCACGGUGGCAACAGACAUGUUCGAACUCAAAGGCAAACAAUGGUUAAUUGUGGUGGACUACUACAGCAAGUACCCAGUGGUUCGCCAGUUACCAGACCAAGCAACAAGCAGUGCUGUAAUCACUAUGAUGCAACAAGUGUUUGCAGAGCAUGGCAUACCAGCAAAGGUGGUGAGCGACAAUGGACCCCAGUAUGCCAGUUACCAGUUCAAGUCGUUUGCAGAAUCAUGGGGUUUUGAACAUGCUACAUCGUCCCCCAGACGACCACAAGGCAACGGAUUUGUAGAGAGACAAAUCAGAACCAUCAAGGGUAUCAUGAAGAAGACUUCAGACAUUCAGAUAGCACUACUUCUUUGGCGUACAACUCCCAUAUCAGAGAAACUACCAAGUCCAGCUGAAGUUCUCAUGAAUCGCCAGUUGAGAACUACACUCCCAGCCAAGUUGCAGAGAACACAGCCAGAUGCUGAUGACAUCUACAAUCAGCUGCAGGAAAGACAGAAUAGUCAAAAGUUCUAUUUUGACAAACAUGCCAGAAGAGCUGACUUGCCAGAGCUUUACCUUGGGCAAGAUGUAAGGUAUCGCGACCCAGUGUCCAGACGGUGGUGUCCUGCGACAGUAGAUACCAGGGCCGAGGGACAGCGCUCCUACAUUCUCCAGAGCCCUGAGGGAAAUUACCUACGAAGAAACAGGCAGCACAUAAGACCAGACCAUACUGGCCAGUCUACCACUGAGGUUCCCGGGGGUGCUGAAAGCAACGUCCCAGGCGAUGAAGGUGCCUCAUCCACUGACCACGAUGAGCAGUUGAGCACUCCACAUCGUGCAUUUCCCGAACCUCGAAGCAGCCCAGGACGGGAGGAGGCUCCACCUCGAAGCCCAGGACGGGGGGAGACUCCACCUCGACGACAACGUUCAUCGCGAAACACCCAACGCCCUAAAAAUCAUCAGCGUUGCCUGCGGCUGCGAUGUGUCAUGAGCAGCAGGUACCGCGUGGCAGAGUACCGGCGCUACGCCAGCUGCAUCAUCAGUGACCUGAUCAUGAAGCCCAACAUUUGA